GUGCUGCCAUCGCUGGAGUCUACAGAGCUGCGGGGAAAAAGAUGAUUCCCUUUGAAGCCCUGAUUUUAGGGGUGGGUCAGACCUUCUGCGUGGUGGUGGUUUCGUUUCUACGGAUUUUAGCCACUCUCUAG